AUGCAGAACACUUUUGAGAUCGAUCCCAUUCCCACUGUGAAGCCCGACCCCACUCAAUAUGAGGUCGCCGGUGACACCGGGUUCAGCACAUUAUGGGUCGUCUUCGUCGUCAUGCUGGUAGCCUCGGGCUUCUUCACCCUGCUGUCCUGGAACAUCCCCGUAUCCAAGCGUCUCUACCACGUCAUCACCACUCUCAUCACAAUCACCGCUGCCCUCUCUUACUUCAGCAUGGCCACUGGGCAUGGCGCCAACCUGCACUGUGUCCAGGUGAAGUCUCACCACAACAACAAGCUUCCCGACACCUACCACGACGUCUGCCGCGAGGUCUACUUUGCUCGCUACAUCGAUUGGGCCAUCACCACACCCCUUCUGCUGGCCGAUCUCUGCCUGCUGGCUGGCAUUGACGGCGCUCACACCAUCAUGGCCAUCGUCGCCGACUUGAUUAUGAUUUUGACCGGCCUCUUUGCUGCCUAUGGCAACGAGAAGACUGCCCAGAAGUGGGGCUGGUACGCCAUUGCUUGCAUUGCUUACAUUUUCGUGGUCUGGCACGUUGCCCUGCAUGGGACAAACACCGUCAAGACUCGCGGGAACAAGGUCACCAAGUUGUUUGGCUCCUUGGCCCUGUUCACCUUCAUUCUGUGGACUGCCUACCCAAUUGUGUGGGGUUUCGCCGACGGUGCCCGCAAGGCCUCAGUUGAUUCUGAGAUUCUUGCAUACGCCGUGCUCGACGUCCUUGCCAAGCCUAUAUUCGGUCUUUGGCUGCUCAUUAGUCACCGUAGCAUUCCCGAGACGAAUGUUGAGAUCGGUGGAUAUUGGGCUCACGGCCUCUCUAACGAGGGCCGUAUCCGCAUCGGCGACGAUGAGAAUUAG